AUGAAUGUGGUGGGAAAUUAUUUACCGGAACGAUAUUUAUUUGAUCAGGCAGCCGUAUUGUUAUUGGAAGGGGCCGAAUUUUUUAGGGCACAUAAUCCUCCGAAAUAUAAAAUGGCCAUUAAAUGUUUAAAGGCAUGUUUCAAAACUCUAAUGACACAUGAAAUGACAUCAUUCGUUAAUUUUCAAAUUGGAAAAUUGUAUUUUUAUUAUACAAAGAAUAUUGAAUUAGCAAGGCAUCAUUUGGAACAAGCGUAUCAUGGAAUGAAAGAAGCAGGCGCUGAAUAUACCAAAUAUCGAAUAGAAAUAGCUUGUUCAAUUGCCGAAGUAUAUAUGCAGCUAAAAAUUUUUGAGCCAGUGAAACAGCUAUUACGGAAGGAAUCAGCGCAUUCCCGAGAUUUUCCUAGUAUUCAUGCACGUCUCCUAUUCCUGCUUGCGGAAAUCCAUGGAGCAAUGAAUGAUUGGAAUAAUGCAAGUGAAAUAGUUGAAGCUGGUGCAUCAUUAUUCAAUCAGCUCGGUGAUCCAGCUUUGGAAUGCUAUUUUCGUCUUUCAUCUGCAAUGAUUAUAUCUAUGGAUUUAAGUCGGGAAGAAGAGCUGAUGAAAAGUAUAAUGGACGUAAGUGAGAAAUUAGUAAUGCUGAAUGCUGAUAAUGCGUGUUUGGAUUAUAUCAAGGCUUUCUGCUGUACGGUCCAAAUUUGUUUCUUUAUAUCAGCUGGCUUGUUAAAAAGCACAAAAACAUGCUUACGACAAUUGCAAACAUUAGUGCAAACGAUGAAAUUAACCUACAGUGAGACAGCUCCUGCUGUAUGGCCAACUUUUGAUUGGAUGGGUAAAGAAACGUUAAUUGCGCUUACAUAUGUACUUACUGUGAUACAAAGCUUGCAAACAUGUCAAAUUGAAAGGGCUCAUAAAUAUCAUUCGAUUGCCAUGCGACAUAUCACUGAUAUGCGACGUUUAAUGGCUAAAUCAAAUUGGCCAGUAAUAAGACGUGGAGCAUUAGAUUCAUUGGCUGCAUUUGAAAUUAUAUUAUUAGAGAAUAUUUCCGCCGCACAACUGAUGCUAGCACGACCAUUGGAGACUAUAAGUGUUUUAGGUGCUAUGAUGGAUCGAAUGAGGCAAAGUACUGAUUUAUUUAGUCAUUUUGAAGCUCAAUUGCAUACACUACUGGGUAUGUAUUGCUGGUUUGUGCAUUUACCAGAUGAUGCAGAGCGACAGUUUCAGGCUGCUUUAAGGACAGCAAAAGAUACAGAAUCAUGGACUGUAGUAAACUUAAGCUUAGCCAUUCUGUAUUUGAUGACAUGUCGGGAAGCUGAUUUUUACGGAUUAUUUGAACGAAUUACACCUGGCAAGUUGCAGUCGAGUUCUUCUCUUCUGAAAGCAUCUGCUCAUUUCGUUCAUGCAUUGCACUCAUACUUACAUUCCAGGUUGCAAGAAGCUAAGAGUCAUAUAACAGAUAGUGUAACAAUCGUACGUGAUGAGGGUGUACCACGGAUACAAGCCCUUGCAACGCUUCUUUCUGCUAAACUCGUCGCUGUUGACGUGCCCGAUAUGUUAAUUGCUGCAAAUAAUUUUGCGACGAAAAGCACCGAUCAUUCAUUAGCAUUAUGGUUGAAUCAAAUCAUAUAUGAGACUCAAAUGCAAUAUGGGCACGUAGAGCAAGCGAGAAGCGUUAAAAUGAAAUUUGAUCAAAUGCAGGCGCAUAUUUCGCAAGCUAUUCAGGACGCCGUUAAUUCAUCUGCACAUUCAUUAAUUCAGUGGGAAGGUGGUACAGACAAAUUGUAA